UGUCGCAGGCCAGCCCGGAUGUGACAUCACAGCUUCCGCCUCCGUCCAGCCGCAGCAGAAACGAUAGAGGUUAGCACAAAGAAAAUUGAUAUUAUUGUUAACUGAAUAUUUGCCGUUGGAAUAGUUUGUUCCAAAUGUAACAUCUUCCUUGCGGCGCCGAUCUAUGCUCGAUUGGAUAUUUACGAUCGCUUCCUGCUCCGACGGUGCGUCCGUCAAAGCGGUCCUCGCAUCGAACCGGAAGACAUGACGAGCUACGCCGCCAAGAUGUUCGGCAAGGUGGAGAAGAUGUGCUCCCACAUCCCCGUGCUCCUCAACACCUUCCUGGUCUUCUCCAUUACCGGGGAGGUGAGCUACCUGGUGCUGGUCGAGGCGCCGCUGGAGGCGGACCACAAGAAGACGGUGUGGUCCUCAUGGUGGAAGUCCAUGCACCUGCUGGCUCAGUACUUCAUGCUGGGAAACAUCUGCUGGAACGCCCUGCUCUUCGUCAGAACCAGCCCCAGCAUCAAGGGGGUGUUCUUUGGGGGGGAUAGUGUGGGGCAGGGAUGGAAGUACUGUUACACCUGCGAGACGCACACUCCUCCACGCUGCUCCCACUGCUACGACUGCAACGUGUGCGUGCUGCGCCGGGACCACCACUGUGUGUUCUUCGGGCAGUGCGUGGGCUUCCGGAACUACCGUCACUUCCUGAGCUGCUUGCUCUUCAUGUGGUCGGGGCUCCUGUACGCCACGCUGAUGAAUGCCGAGGUCUUCAUUGUCAUCCUGAAGGAGGGCGUGACCGUACACAGUAUCCUGUUGCUGCUCAUCCCGUGGAUCAUGCUGCUUUCAGGCCAGGUCUCUGCACGUGCAUUCUCCUUCGCCUUCAUCGCUGACACGUGCGUCGUGGGCCUCCUGCUGGUCUCCGCCUUCUUCUUCUUCCAUCUCUUCCUGCUUUUCCGAGGACAAACCACCAGGGAGUGGUACUCGUCCCGCAGGCCCUACAACCUCGGACUUGUUGGCAACUUGCGUCAAACAUUGGGCAGUCGCUGGUACCUCUGCUGGCUCUGCCCGCUCAUCCCGUCGCCGCUACCGGGGGAUGGGAUCCGCUUCCAGGUGACGGGAUCCCUGGAACCUCUCCGGUAAUGAGACUUGAAAGUAAGGACUGGACUGUAGUGUUUUACUGGAUGGCUUCUUUGAAUGCGAGGCUGGGUGGACUCUUGGAAUCUCCCCUCAAAAAAGAAACGUUCCCUCAGAACAAUCCAGUGUUCUUGUGGAACACAAGCACUUUUUUUGUGUGAUCCAUUUAAAAUCUUCAUGGCCACCACACAUGAACACUGGUUACCAUUCCAUUGGGGUGUGGUGGGGGGGGGGGGGUAUUUGUAAAUCCCAGUAGUUAGCACUGAGCCAACACAACAUAGCCUGACCAUCACAGUGUCCAUCAGAGCCAAGUGGACCAGUUGCCUUAUUCAAGCUCUUCAUUGCACGUUGGUUGGGGGUUUUGGUCUUUGACUGAGUCCACGUACAGCCAAAUAGAUUUCAUAUCAAGUCGGUAUACUUUAUGGCUUUGUUUUUACAUAUUGUUUUCAAAAAUGCUGAAAUAAAUAGUGCAUAUUGUUCCAUUUUGGCUUUGUAGUC